UAUCCUUUGAAGUCUAUUUUCAUAAUUGAGUGGUCUCUGUUCGAGAGGAGAGAGUAAUCAUCCAAAAAUCGAUCUGGAGCGAGCAGUGGUCUGUAAACUCGAGCUCUGAGCGUACUGAAUCUCUUUGGUGGAUAUCUCGAGUUAUACCAAUCCAAUUAAGGCGUGUGAGAUACCAAAAGACAGCUCUCAAGACGAGGAAUCCGUGAAGGUCUGGUUUGCAUCAAUCGGAGUAGUGGAAGGCUUCCAAAUCGUCCGAGCAAAACACAACCUCGCAGAAAUGGAUCUACUCUUCUAAAGAGACGAGUUAACCGGAAAACACCCAUUCUAGGGGCUGUUUUCGUAUCAAUGUUUGAGGGUUGAGCUAGCACUUUGAGGAGGCGGUUUAACACUCAUAUUUAAGCAAGGAAUCAGUUCUUAAUCCACCGUGGCCAAAGCUUUGACCAUUGGAUCAAAAAGGAAAAGUUUAAAGCUCAAUUAAGGUUGAGGCUAGAGCUUGCUUCCUGUGCUCGUUGCUCGAGAGAUCAUCUAGGAGCGAAGACUCGAAAUGGACGGUGGUGGCAAGGUUACGAGGAGGAACCCGACGGGCCGUGCACCGGUGGCAACCGGGUAGGGAAGCCGUGGGGCCUCUAGAGUGUCUAGAGGGGCGAGCCGUGGAGGCCGAUCGCACACUGUGAGCGACGGUCAUGUUGACACCGAGGAUGAAACCUACUGGUCCUAUGAGGACUCGACUUACAAACCGGAAACCAAGCCGGUUGAGACCCCUUACGAAGGGGAUGACGAUGAUGUAAGUGAUGAAGAGGGGGAGAAUGACUCCCUAGCAAGAAUUGAGGCGCUGCUCCAACAAUAUUAGCGGGAGCGCGAGGAAAGGAGGGAACGCCGAAGGCGCCGGGGAGGGCGAACUUCGGGUGGGGCUUCAAGAGGAAGGAGCCAUGGCGAUUCUCGGGCCCACAUUGAACCACAUGGGGGCCGGGGUGAUGGGGGUCCAAUCAUAAGGAUCUCAAAAUUUCUUAAAGAGGCUAGAGACUUGGGGUGCAAACCCUUCAACGGAGCAGGUGACAUCUCGGUCGCCGCGGAAUGGAUCAAGAGGUUGAACGAAGCAGCCCUUGAUAUGCAACUCACCCCCGAAUUUAAACUAAGGGUGGCGGUGAGAUUGCUUGAAGGGAUGACAUCCACAUGGUGGGACGGAGUCAAGGGAAAGUAUGGCAAUACUGUGACUUGGGAGAAUUUCCGACAGGAGUUCUUUGCCCAAUACUAUUCUGAUUUUGAGGUGAACGCUAAGAGGAGAGAGUAUACCCUCCUGACCCAAGGGGGCAAAAUGACGGUGAGGCAACUUGAACACAAAUUCAGGGAGCUCGCGGAGUUCAUACCGGAGUAUGUGUGUGACGAGAACCGGAUGGUAAAUCACUUCUGGGAUGCCUUAGACCUGGAGGUGCGUGAGAGGGCAACACAGUUGCCUAACAUGACCUUUAGCCAAGUGGUCGAGCAAGGGUUAAAAGGAGAGAAAGAAUGGGAAGAGAGGAAGUUGAAAAACGCCGAAGAGGCGAAGAAGAGAAAGUGGGAGAACCUUGGACCUCAAGGUCCUAGCAAAAAGGGGAACCAUGGGGGAGGGGGAUCAUUUCGGACACCCCCACUGCCAUCUAGGGGGAGUCAAGGCCCGGGCGGGCAAUCACAAGCCUCGGGGGUGACUCGUUGCAAGAAUUGCAAGAGGAACCACCCGGGGAAAUGUCGUGACCCUCCUAGAUGCUACCAAUGCGGGAGCACCGGACACAUGAAGAUGAGUUGCCCACAACUGGGCGGAACGAGGGCAUUAGGACCAAGUAGCGGGGCUACGGGGACAAGGAACCAAGCCGGGGGUUCCCAAGUAACCAGGGGGCAAGGGGGAGCAAGCGCGAGCAACGCGCCAUCCGUGAACCAAGGGAGGACCCAGGCUAGGGUCUACGCGAUGACGGAGGCGGACGCUCAAGCUAACCCGGAUUCCGUUGCAGGUAUUGCCUCUCGUAUACUAGUGUUUUAUCCUUAAUUUGUCCAUAAAUUAAGGUUACUAAUUGUUAGGAUCAUUGCACGAAGCCUUAGGGUCGAACCGGGAGGAUUUCGGUCCAUUUCGGGCUGUUUUCGCCCAGGCACGGUCGUGCCUAAGGCACGCACGAUCGUGCCUGCAAGGCAGUGUAUACCUGUGAUUUUCCCCGACCCAGGCACGGUCGUGCCUAAGGCACACACGAUCGUGCCUGCAAGGCAGUGUCUGCCUACGCGUUUCCCCGACCCAGGCACGAUCGUGCCUAAGGCAGGCACGAUCGUGUCUCCAAGGCAGUGGCGUCCUGGACUUUUUCCCAAGCCAGGCACGAUCGUGCCUACCCCAGGCACGCCGUGCCUGGCACCCAGAUUGCCGAGGUGCGAUUUUUCGCACCGUUUUGCGACGUUAAGACCUUUUUCUUGAUCCCUAACGUGGGUGUGAACAUUGUAACCUUCUAUAAAUGUGUAGGGAGGGUAGGAAAGAUGUCUUACAUGGUUCAUGAAUGUAGGGACACUAAAGAUUAAUGGGAAGGAUGUGCGAAUCCUUAUCGAUACCGGGGCGCAACGUUCAUUUGUGAAUGAAGCGUUCGCCAAGAGAUUGGGAGUGCAAUCCGCACCAUUGAUGCAAACCUUAGUGGUAUCAACACCACUAGGGGACGACGUGGAAAGAACUUGUUACUAUCCAUCUUGUGGGGUGGAAGUUAAUGGUCAAACCUUGACGUGUGACUUCGUACCGCUGAGCAUGAUCGAAUUCGAUGCAAUCCUAGGGAUGGAUUGGCUAGAAAGGAACCAUGCUAGGGUAGAUUGCUACACGAAGGUUCUUGAACUCGAAGGCAAUGAUGGGGAGACCCUACGCUUCGAGGGCGAUCGAGGGAGAUCAAAUAGCUGUAUCAUAUCCGCCGUGAGAGCGAGAAGUAUGAUGAGAAAGGGAUGCCACGCAUAUCUAGUAUACGUGGUUGACAAAACCAAAGAAGAAACGAACAUCAACGAUGUGAGGGUGGUUUGUAAGUAUCCGGAUGUCUUUCCAAAAGAUUUACCGGGACUUCCACCCGAUAGAGAGAUCGAAUUUGUGAUCGAGGUCGAGCCCGGCACCAAACCAAUCUCCAUACCGCCAUACCGUAUGGCACCCGCUGAACUUAACGAGUUGAAAACCCAAUUGCAAGAGCUUUUGGAUAAUGGUUUCAUUAGACCAAGCCACUCCCCGUGGGGAGCACCGGUUCUUUUUGUGAAAAAGAAAGAUGGGACACUUCGAAUGUGCAUUGACUAUCGUCAACUGAACAAGGUCACAAUCAAGAAUAGGUAUCCUUUGCCUAGGAUUGAUGACUUGUUUGAUCAACUACGAGGAGCAACUGUGUUUUUGAUGAUUGACUUGAGGUCGGGGUACCAUCAAUUGAAGAUUAAGGAAGACGACAUACCAAAGAGUGCUUUCCGCACAAGGUAUGGGCAUUUUGAGUUCCUUGUUAUGUCGUUUGGGUUAACAAACGCCCCAGCGGCAUUCAUGGACUUGAUGAACCGAGUAUUCCAUAAAUACUUGGAUCGAUUCGUGAUUGUGUUCAUAGAUGACAUCUUGAUUUACUCAAAGAGUGAGGAAGAGCAUGAAGAGCACUUGAUACUCGUUCUUGAGACACUACGGGAGAAGCAACUCUAUGCCAAAUUUUCUAAGUGUGAAUUUUGGCUAAAGGAGAUUGGCUUUCUCGGGCACGUGGUUUCAGGAUCGGGAAUUGCUGUUGAUAACAAGAAGAUAGAGGCCAUUACCGAAUGGGAGAGACCAAAGAAUGUCAAGGAAAUUCGUAGUUUCCUUGGAUUGGCAGGCUACUACAGGAAGUUCGUGGAAAAGUUCUCUGUUUUGGCGUCGCCGUUGACGAAGCUCACUCGAAAGGGAGCUAUGUUUAUAUGGGAUGACAAAUGUGAGAAAGGAUUCAUCGAACUGAAGAAGAGAUUGACCGAGGCACCGGUACUUGCAUUACCCAAACAGGGUAUGGGGUACGAUGUCUAUAGUGACGCGAGCAUCCAAGGGUUUGGGUGUGUGUUGAUGCAGGAGGGGAGAGUAAUUGCCUAUGCUUCACGACAGUUGAAGAAGCAUGAGGUAAAUUACCCUACCCAUGAUCUGGAGCUGGGAGCAGUAGUGUUUGCACUGAAGAUUUGGAGACAUUAUCUCUACGGAGAGACAUGUCACAUAUAUACUGAUCAUAAGAGCUUGAAGUACGUGUUUACUCAGAAAGAGUUAAACAUGAGACAGAGACGGUGGAUGGAGUUGAUAAAGGACUACCAUCUAGAUAUUGAGUACUAUCCAGGUAAGGUAAACGUUGUAGCAGAUGCCCUCAGUCGGAAGAGUUCGUCUGGGGCACUGUUGACUAGUUUGAGGGCACUGAGGGCCCAAUUGGAUGUAUCUAGCGACGGUGCCUUAUUGGCACGAUUCGAAGUGAGACCGACCUUACUUGAUGAGAUCAAGAAGGGUCAAGUGACUGACGCAGAACUUAUUAAGGUCCGGGAACGCAUGCAAGCGGGACCGGUGGAGGAUUUCAGGGAAAGAGAUGAUGGUCUCUUGUUAUUUCGUGACCGAGUGUGUGUACCGUCUGAUGAGGAGCUCCGUAAGUCCAUCUUAGAGGAGGCUCAUUCAUCGGCUUAUGCCAUGCACCCAGGGGGCACGAAAAUGUACCGAGAUUUGAAAGAAAGUUACUGGUGGUCUGGAAUGAAGAGGGAAAUAGCCGAAUACAUUGGUCGAUGCCUUACUUGUCAACAAGUUAAGGCGGAACAUCAGCAUCCAGCAGGCUUAUUGCAACCACUUUCCAUUCCUAAAUGGAAGUGGGAACACGUGACUAUGGAUUUUGUGGUAGGUUUACCACGGACAAUCAGGAACUAUGAUGCAGUUUGGGUUGUGGUAGAUAGGCUCACGAAGAGUGCACACUUCUUACCUAUCAACACUACUUACCCACUUGAGAGGUUAGCCAAAUUGUACACGGAUGAAAUCGUGAGGCUACAUGGGGUUCCAGUGACCAUUGUAUCCGAUAGAGACCCACGAUUCACAUCACGUUUUUGGCCGAAAUUUCAGGAGUCUAUGGGAACGAGGUUGAAGUUCAGUACUGCUUUCCACCCACAGACGGAUGGACAGUCUGAAAGAGUCAUACAAAUCUUAGAAGACAUGCUGAGGGCUUGUGCAUUGGAGUUCCAAGGAAGUUGGGACAACCACUUAGCACUUGUGGAAUUUGCCUAUAACAACAGUUAUCAGGCAAGCAUCGGUAUGCCUCCAUACGAGGCAUUGUAUGGGAGGAGGUGCCGUACACCGUUAUGCUGGGACGAGGUUGGCAUGGCCAAACUCGAGGGUACUGAGUUGGUUGAGGUCACCAAAUCAAAGGUGAAAUUGAUUCGAGAGAGACUCAAAGCGGCUCAGGAUAGACAAAAGAGUUAUGCAGAUAAGCGUCGAAGAACCUUAGAGUUUAAGGUUGAUGACGAGGUAUUCUUGAAAGUUUCCCCUUGGAAAGGAAUCAUUCGAUUCCAAACUCGAGGAAAGCUUAACCCACGAUAUAUAGGCCCAUUCAGAAUUAUAGAGAGGAUUGGGCCCGUAGCAUAUCGUCUACAGCUGACUACGGAGUUAGAGAAGAUACAUAAUGUGUUUCAUAUAUCCAUGCUUAAGAAGUAUGUGCAUGAUCCCUCUCACGUAUUGGAAAAGCCGCCUGUAGAAGUACGUGAGGAUUUGAACUACGCUGUGCAACUGAUCAAGGUCACCGAUAGGAAGGUGAAGAAACAGAGGAGCAAAGAAGUCCCAAUGGUUAAAGUCCUUUGGAAGAGCGAUCGGGUCGAAGAAGAGACAUGGGAAACAGAGGCCUUGAUGAGGAAACAGUAUGCUUUCCUAUUCGAGUAGAGCUGUGAAUUUCGGGGACGAAAUUCCUGUUAGGGGGGGGGGGGGGGGGGGUGAACUAGUGACACCGCACCCGAACGUCCUUGAAAAUUCAAAGUAAAAAUUCAAAGUUUAUGUAUUGGAUUUCUGAUUCCCAAACGAUUGUAAAACGAUUAAUGUUUUACGUAAUUAAUGAUCGAUUAUUGUACUGUUCGAACUCGUAUAUUAGUGUCGGGCAUGAAAAUACUAUUUGGGACUUAUUAAUAAAUAAAAGAGCCCAACAUCAUCUAAAUAGUGAUACAUAAUCUUUCAAGACAAUUUGAAGAAGGUCGGACGGCCCAAACGUUAUUUUGAGCCCAGCCUACUAAAAAUAGCAAGUAUUCGAGAAUGGCAUCCUAGACCCAAUCGGGAGUGACCCACACGGAUUAUAGCCCAAUAAUAUGAAUGGCAAUGUCAAAAUAAGGGAUAGAAUGACUAGGGAAGCAUACGAAUGCCUAUAGUCCCACCUAUGACAUUAUUGAGCUAAAUAGUGGGAGUAUGAUUUUUCUUCUAUAAUAUCCAUUAAGUAAAUUUUUUAGAUGAGCCUACACAUAUUAGAGAUCAAUAAUGUGAUGUAGGAAGUUGACUUGUUCUAAAUAAGUUAGGAUGAGUACAAAAAGACAUCUUUGACAAAAGAUAAAACAAUAGAACCCAUCUUUCCCAUUUUUGGAAGUAUUGAUAGAUAUUUUGGACCCCAAAAUAAUUGGGAUCAAUGGGGAACCACUCCACAUGAUAUUAGUACCUGCAAUACAAAUAAAAAUGGGUGAGAAGACUUACUUUGGCCGACCACCAUGGAGGGCAGUGGCGGAUCCAGGAAAAAUUAGUGUUGGGGGCAUAAUCCUUUAGAACUCUCGGCCAUAACGGAACGUAAGAAUGAUUUAAAAUUACCUAAAGUACAUUUUUCCGGUUUUUUUAUUAUUAAAAUUUCCACUUUAGAAUAACAUGUGUUAUUCUUUCUAUAAAUGUUUCACUAUGCGUUCUAUGUUGAAUAAUUUCUACUUGUACUUCUCUCUUUUUAAUUAUCAUUUCAAAUUUUAUUUUAAUCAUAUCUUAAGCAUGAUAUGACUACAAAUUUGACGAAGCAAGAAAAUAUUAGGGAUCGGAGUAAGAGAUUGAUUUACAUAUUUAUUGCUAUAGUUGAACAAAAAGAUAUAUAAAAUUGAGUAAUGAGUGAUGUUUUCUUUGUUUUAAUGCGAUGAGCAAUUGUCGCACAUUUAACAAAUUGUUGUGACUUUAAAUUUAUUUGAUUAUAAUUAAUUAAGAUUAUUUUAUUUCCAUUACACUUAGUUAAUUCCAAGUGAUAAACUUAAUUAAUCAUAACCAUGUAUAUAUAUAUUUAUGUUCUAUCUUGGACUAGAAAAAAUUAUUGGGGGCAAAAGUAAUAAUUUAUUGGGGCAAUUACUCUGACUACUAAAAAUAUUCAAAUUUUCUCUAUACUUUUUCCUAUUAGCAAAGUUUUAUUGGGGGCAUGUGCCCCCAUUAGCUACACAAUAGAUCCGCCCCUGAUGGAGAGGAGCUGCACAAGACUUGAUAGGAAUCAAAUGUUGGGCCACCAUCUCCAUUUUUCGCACAAAAUGGUGUGCUGUUUGUCUCCACUCAUUAUGGGAGUUAUACUCGACCAAACAACGUGUAUAAGGUGUCCUUGGAUAGCCUUUGAAGUCUAUUUUCAUAAUUGAGUGGUCUCUGUUCGAGAGGAGAGAGUAAUCAUCCAAAAAUCGAUCUGGAGCGAGCAGUGAUCUGUAAACUCGAGCUCUGAGAGUACUGAAUCUGUUUGGUGGAUAUCUCGAGUUAUACCAAUCCAAUUAAGGCGUGUGAGAUACCAAAAGAAAGCUCGCAAGACGAGGAAUCCGUGAAGGUCUGGUUUGCAUCAAUCGAAGUAGUGGAAGGCUUCCAAAUCGUCCGAGCAAAACACAACCUCGCAGAAAUGGAUCUACUCUUCUAAAGAGACGAGUUAACCGGAAAACACCCAUUCUAGGGGCUGUUUUCGUAUCAAUGUUUGAGGGUUGAGCUAGCACUUUGAGGAGGCGGUUUAACACUCAUAUUUAAGCAAGGAAUCAGUUCUUAAUCCACCGUGGCCAAAGCUUUGACCAUUGGAUCAAGAAGGAAAAGUUUAAAGCUCAAUUAAGGUUGAGGCUAGAGCUUGCUUCCUGUGCUCGUUGCUCGAGAGAUCAUCUAGGAGCGAAGACUCGGUUCGUGCCUCCUCCAUUCGGAUUUUAAACAUUAAUAAACAUGCUCAUGGAUAUUUUACUAUGGAGCCUGCGUGCUCAUGAAUAGCCCGGUGUGGCCUUUUUGUUUUCAACAAUGUUUUCCGCUGCAUUAUGAAUUACUUAUUAUGUUUGUUUAUGGAUGGCUUACGUGUGAAUGAUAUUCGAGACGCCUUGUAUAAUAUGAAUGUGUUGGACUGCGGUUGACUAUUCGUAUUGUACGGCGGGUUGUUGACGUGUCCGGGGAGGUCCGGGGCGUGACAUAUUUUGGCCAUGACGUCUUCAUACAAUUUGUACCUUAUUGAGUUAACAUUCACAUGAAAUUUGAAUCGAGCGAUUUCGAGUUCUCUACAAUAAGUUAUACUCAAUUUAUA